AAAUAUGCUUCUAUUUCUUAUUAGUAAUGCCAAGAACAUUACAAAAUAAAUAAAAUCAAGCAUCCCCUUCAACAACAAUAAUUAUUAUAAUAAUAAAUUCUUCUUGUUUUUGUGCUAUUUUCUUUUAUUAUUGAAAAAUGGUCUUGUGCUAAGAAUGAGUAGUGAGUUAUAAAGCUUAUUAAGGGCAAAAACUACAAGCUAAGAUGUUAUUUUCAGAAAUAAACAAGGUUUCAUGGAACAGCAAGCAUCUCAAAUGAUGGAAUAAAGACACAAAAAAGUGAAGAGAAGGUUAGGCCAAAAGUAUCACAAAGAAGAGUUAUAUGUACAUAGAUAAAUACUAUUUGAUGAGCAGCAGCAACAAGCUGGUCAGAGACAAGAUCUAAUCUUGUGUCUAUGAAGAAGAAGAAACCUAAAUAUUCCCUUCCUAUCUUCCUCAUUAAAUCAUUCUCUCCACACAAUGAAAAAAACCAAAAAUAUACACAUUUCCUUAGGAAACCAAACAGUUCACAUUUGUUAGUAUAAUGCCUGUGCUCUCUUCAUGGUGCAUCCUUCCCCACACUGGCACGACGUCUCCUUCAAGUUUAUCGGUCAAGAGCUCGCAGAAUACGGAUUGCUUGAACUCCCUUUUCCCACCAGCAAGCCAGUGUGAUCAGAGUGUUGCAGCAAUUGUGUUUGGGGACCAGUCACCGCAGUCGAGACUCUACCCGCUGACAAAGAGGAGAUCGGAGGCUGCAGUUCCUAUAGCUGGGAACUACAGGUUGGUUGAUGCUGUGUUGAGCAACUGCAUCAACAGCAACAUAACCAAAAUCUACGCGUUCACGCAGUUUAACUCGACUUCUCUCAACUCCCACAUUGCACGGGCCUACUCUGGCGCGCGUCUCUCAAAGGAUGGGUUCGUGGAGGUCAUUGCAGCGUAUCAGAGCCCAGAUGACAAUGGCUGGUUUCAGGGAACUGCAGAUGCAAUAAGAAGGUGUCUGUGGGUUCUUGAGAAGUAUCCUGUCGACGAGUUCUUGAUUCUUCCUGGCCACCAUCUCUAUAGAAUGGACUAUCAGAAACUCAUAGACGCCCACCGGAGAAGCAAGGCACACAUAACUGUCUCUUUGUUUAGCACAGCCAAGAAUGAGGAUCUUGGAUUUGGGAUUUUCAAACUCAAUGCUCAAAAUGAAGUCCUUGAGUUCAGAGAGAAUGAAGAGAAUUCCAACCAUCAUUUUCAGAUGAAUAAGCAUGAUGGUGAUGAGUUUCCAAGCAUGGGAAUCUAUGUCAUAAACAGAGAUGUGAUGAGAAUGUUGCUGACAGAGGCCUUCCCAAAUGUGAAUGACUUGAAAAGCCAUGUAAUCCCAGGUGCAAUCUCCCUUGGAAUGAAGAUCAAUGGCUAUCUGUUUGAUGGUUACUGGGAGGAUAUGAGAAGCAUAGAGGCAUAUUAUCGAGCGAAUAUGGAAACCAUUAGAAGGGCAAACGCAAUGUAUAACUUCUACGAUAGAGACUCGCCUCUCUACACGCUGCCACGCCAUCUACCUCCAACUCUUGUAAGGGAUGCAGUCAUCACGGAUUCCAUCAUCGGAGAUGGUUGCAUUCUUAGUAAAUGCAGGAUCAAAGGCACUGUGGUAGGCAUAAGAACAAGGAUAGGAGACAAUGCUGUUGUUGAGGAUUCAGUUAUCAUGGGAUCUGAUACAUAUGAUCAUAAUGGUAUGAGUGAUGGUGAAGCCAUUGGUAUUCCUAUUGGCAUUGGGGAUGGCUCACACAUAAGGAAGGCGAUCAUCGAUAAACAUGCAAGAAUCGGGAAAAAUGUCAUGAUUAUGAAUAAGGACAAUGUGCAGGAAGGAAACAGGGAAGCAAAUGGCUACAUAAUUUCAGGAGGAAUAAUUGUGGUUAUAAGAAGUGCUGUGAUCCCAGAUGGAACUAUACUUUAGAAGUUUAUUUAUUUUUGGAUUAUAUAUGAAAUAAUCAUUAAUUUUUUAUUUAUAACAAAGUCAAGCAAAUUUAUACAAAUAUUGUAUUCAUCUUUACAUAAUUUCUACUAUCAUUUGAAAUGGAAAUCAAAGGUGUCUC